GGGUGACGUUAUUGCUGGCGUAGGGCUGCAGUUUCAUGGAUCUACUAAAUGAAUGCAGUGGGAAUGGACGUGUAAAGCAUACUGCUGGUCAGACAGUGCGCACUGACCUCCGCACACUUUACUUUAUCAGGAAUUCUUAUCAAAGAUUCACCUCGGAGGAGUUCUAUCUGUUCUUUUCGCGGUUAUACUUGUUUAUUGUCUUCUCUAACAAUAUUCUUAAACAAUAGGACAAGAGUGAGGACACAGCAUGCUGUCGUCCCUGAAGACCCUGCUGCUGCUCUCGGUCCUGUGUACACCGACCUCCAGCCUGUGCCUCCGCCUCUACCAGUCCGACGUCCUCUGUGACAGUCCAGUGGCCAUCGGGGUCCCGAACGACGAGGAUGAGCCGGGCAACUCCCCUGUGGACGGGUGGGGGUCUCUCCUGCAGUCCGCGGGGUAUCACGCCUCAGUGGAGUCCAGCCGAGAAAAAAGGACUUCAAGUCCCGCAAACUACCGGUUCGUGAGCCAGACGAAGCUCAGAGGCCAAAUGCUCCGUAACAGCAGCAAGGGAGACCGGAGGAGCAGGCUGACCCUGUCCCUGGACGUCCCGACCAACAUCAUGAACGUCCUGUUUGACGUGGCAAAAGCCAAGAACCUGCGCGCAAAGGCGGCGGAGAACGCGCGGCUCCUGGCGCAGAUCGGACGCAGAAAGUGAACAUGGACAACUUUAAUUUAACAGACAGCCAUGACCAGUGUUGGCCUCGUUUCUCAAAAUGUGUUGAAUAAUUUCUUAUUCAUUGUCAAAGUAAUGAUAAGAUAUUAGUUUAUCUCCAGGUGGGGUUCGAUAUUUUGGCCAUAGAAGUAGCAUCUCUAAUGCAGCAAUGAUUUAUUUAUUCUUGUAAAAGAUCAGGGGAGUAAGUGUUGUGUUAUUUUGUUCUGCUCCACGUCAAACCACAGGGAAAACUUAUAUUUGGCAAAAUAAACUACUCUGCAGCUUAUCAUAGGGUUUACAACUAAUGUAUCCACUAAAUAAUCAUAGCUCUUACAAUAUUCUUUUCCAGUUUGAAUCUGAGAAUGAAUUGGCCUCUUAUUUGACUCUGAAAACAGACAUCCUUAUCUGCAAAGUACUGCUUUCACUGAGCACAGGCUCAUUUACUGUCUUUUUCCAGUAAAUUAAAGUUUUAUUUGGGUUAUGUCGCCCAAGAGUCAUCAAAUUUUAAUCUCGACCCAAACAAGAAUCUCUAAGAGGUUGUGGUGAACACAUCCUGAGCAAAAGAACAAAUCCAAUGUCUUGUUAAUUUGUUAUAUAAUCCAGUUUGUAAUGUCAUGAGGUUUCUAUGCCUCUUUGCUGCUUCAUUCAUUUGUGUUAUUCUUCAGAAGUUCACAUGAGAGCCUGAAACACUGAAAUACUGAUGGUGGCCAAAACACCACAACGAACACUGACAUUAAAACACUGUACAAAUCAACAUCAUGACAGUAAAAUGCAAAUGCAUGGGAAUGUAUGUGUUCUUCAGAUAUCUAUUAUUUUUAUACUCAAAAUAAAGGAUUAUUUUUUCUUCAAA